GUUAAUUGCAAGGCGCGGCGUAUCAAGAAGCCAAUCUGCGAGAAUUGCAGCCACCGUGGAAUGUACUGUUCAUUUGCAACGACUGGAAGCCCCGAGAUAGGAUCAGAAUGUUCCGAUGUCCAACUACCGAACAGAUACCAAUUCCGACCUUACCAUCCCCUCCAAGGAGUCAAGACAUAAAAUCCAAAACGAAUCGUCCCAGGCUCAAAAUGAUGGAUGCCUAAUAUCUACCAGAUCAGUGGGGAUGCAGUGCAGUGUGCCGCCUCCGUUCACCAGUCAAAAUCAAUCUCUCACCUUGAUGUCGCUGGCUGAUCUGCAGCUAUUCCAUCAUUUCCUCAUCGAGACUGCAUGCACCCUCGUGGAUGAUGUGAAGGAAUACCCGAUUUGGCAGAAUGAUAUCGUUCAAUGGGGCUUUGAGUUUUCCUCCAUUCUGCAUCUUAUAUUGGCCAUCUCCGCUCUCCACAUGAGCCAUAAGCGACCCGAACUGCGAAAUGAGUACGUCCGACAGGGAGAAGACCACUUCACCUUUGGGAUUCAAUCUGUUACCGCUAUGUUGGCCCAGUUGAGCGCAGAAAGCUGUCAGAGGGUUUACAUAGCGGCCGUCUUGAUCUGCUUUGUUUAUUUCGGUGGAGGGCCUCGGCCGGGCGAGUAUCUCAUUUUCAGCGACGAUGGGCCUGCAGAAUGGCUCGUUCUCAUGCGAGGGGUGAAGUUGAUUUUACACUUGUAUAAUGAUAAAGUCUUUACGGGGAUUCUUCGGCCAAAACCCAAGAUUAAGAACGAUGUGAGCGGUAGUGUCAUCAGCCCGUCACUGCGGGAUGAUUUGAAAGACCACGCGGUGCGCAUUGAGAAUACACGGCAGCUAUUAGAGAGACUGCCAGAUUCUGCAGAUCAGGAUAUGUACAGACAAGUGAUCAAUGGCCUGUUAUCGACGUUGAACGAGACCUAUUCAAGGAUGUCAGCAGAGAGGCCAGCAGUGGGAUUAUUGGACGUUCUAAUCGGCUGGGUUUAUCGACUCCCGGAGCGAUUUGUGAAUCUGGUGGAGCAGAAAGAGCCGGUAUCCCUGGUGAUACUCGCGCAUUGGGCUAUGCUUCUGAAAUAUAUGCGGUCAGUCUGGUUCAUGGAGGGUUGGGAUGAGCAUGUCUUGCAUGGUAUUUGUGCUUCUCCCCCGUUGAUAUUCGGCAGUGGGUUGAGUGGCGGGAGGAUGAGAAUCGAGUGACGAACUAGCAGAAGGGUGAUAAAACCAUGGGUUCUGCAGGAAAUGCUCAUCCUCACCGCAUCACCGCUGAUAUCAGACACGGUGUACAUGGCGCUAGGCCGGAUAAUCCGCUCCCUAGACGCAGAACACCUCUCCAGCAUGCGGACCAAGUAUCUCACCUUUAUCUUCGUCCUCAACGACAUCAUCUGCAUCUGCACACAGCUGGGCGGCGCCGGCGUCCAAGUCACCGGUAACGCGAAGAUAAUAGAUGUCGGCAAGAAGUAGUUCUUGCCGGACUUAUUCUGUCGUUGAUCAUUUUUACCUUGUUUGUGUGGAUUGCUAUUCAUUUCCAUCGACGACUUCUCAAACACCCAACUGGUAUAGUUACCCAAAACGCGUGCCUGAAUUACUGGCAGCGGUACAUGUGGGCAUUAUAUCUCGCCUGUGCGGCGCUGAUUCUCCGCAAUCUCGUCCGGACUAUCCAGUUCGGCUCCGUUCAGACAUCUGCUGUGAAUACGAAGGAGGUGUUUAUUUAUAUUUUCGAUGCGUUUUUGAUGGUUGUUGUUUUGAUUGCGUUGGCGGUUUAUCAUCCUGGUCGGCUUGUUAGGAUGGCUCAUCGGGCUGCUGACGGGGGUCCUGAGAAGGGUUACGGGCCGGCUGCUUCUAAUGACGAUUCGAGCCAUAUUUUGUUAGUGGAUUAUCAUGGGGUUCGGUAGUGGGCAUUGCUCUUGACAUAUUAGACUGCUCUUGGUAGGGGAUGGUCUAAAAACUGCUGCCUGCUAUAGAGAUAGUAGCGUUGUUCCAUAAACAACACAUCGAUUCAUCUCAAGUAAUAUC